AAGAAAUAGUAAAGGGAAAGCUCUGUAAAAUCCUAACUUCCACUCUCUCACUCUCAGCUUAAACCCUAAAUUCCCAAAUCCUAACUUUCCACAGCAGAAAACAUGCUACUCCAACCCACUAUCCAAAUUCUUCCCCCAAAUUAUCACCAGAAGAAUUCUAAUCAUUUGCAGAUUUCGAGUUCGCUCUCAUUGUCGUCUGGGCUUCAAAAUUCGGCUUUUUUUCUCAAACAACCCAAUUUAUCUACCGCCUUCCAAACCCACAAUAAUCCAGCGUUUAUCACGUGCUCAUCUGUACCGCCGCCUUACAGCAAUGGAACUGUUGAUUACGAGAAGAGACCGAUGCUGAAAUGGAAUUCUAUAUACAAGAAGAUAUCGUUGUUGGACAACUCUACUUUGGAUGUGGGCGCUGCUUCUGUGUUGAAUCAGGCCGAAAAUGAGGGCAAGAUGCUAUCCAAAUGGGAGCUCUCCAGAGUUGUGAAGGAGCUCAGGAAGUUCAGGCGCUUCAAAUUGGCUCUUCAGGUUUAUGAAUGGAUGAAUAAUAGAGCAGAAAGAUUCAGAAUAUCCACAAGUGAUACUGCUAUUCAGCUAGAUUUGAUUGCUAAAGUGCAUGGGAUUUCAAGUGCUGAGCAAUAUUUUCAGAAGCUUCCAGAUGGCUUAAAAGAUAAGAGAAUAUACGGGUCCCUUUUGAAUGCUUAUGUCCGUGCUAGAAUGAGAGGAGAAGCUGAAUCUCUGAUGGGUAAAAUCAAGAAUAGAGGAUAUGCUAGUCACCCACUUCCAUAUAAUGUGAUGAUGACUCUCUAUAUGAGUCUUAAAGAAUACGAAAAGAUUGAGCCUUUGAUAUCUGAAAUGAAGGAGAAGAGCAUAGCAUUAGAUCUGUACACGUACAACAUUUGGCUGUCAUCCUGUGGAUCUGUGGGAUCCCUAGAGAAAAUGGAACAAGUUUUUGACCGUAUGCAGCUGGACACCACCAUCAAGCCCAAUUGGACUACUUAUAGCACAAUGGCCACAAUGUAUAUCAAGUUUGGGCAGCACGAGAAGGCUGUAGACUCUUUGAGGAAGAUUGAAAGUAGAAUGACUGGUCGGGAUCGUAUGCCAUAUCAUUAUCUUAUGAGUCUAUAUGGAAGCGCUGGUAAGAAAGAGGAUGUCUAUCGAGUGUGGAACAGCUACAAGGCUUCAUUUGUCCAUAUUCCAAAUGUAGGCUACCAUACUAUGGUCUCUGCUCUACUCAGAAUGGACGACAUUGCAGGUGCUGAGGAGUUGUAUGAUGAAUGGCUCAAAUUCAGAUCAGUAUAUGACCCUAGAGUGGGAAAUCUUAUCUUGAGUUCAUAUGUCAAAAAAGGGCUUUUCCAGAAGGCAGAGGCCUUUUACAACCAGAUAAUUGAGACGGGAGGGAAACCUAAUUCAAUGACUUGGGAGAUCCUUUCAGAAAUCCACAUCCAAAAUUCGAGGAUUCCUGAGGCUUUAUCUUGCUUUCAGAAUGCUGCUUUAACAGAAGGCUCGAAAAACUGGAGGCCAAAGCUGGCCAAUGUCUCUGCCAUUCUUGAUUUUUCUGAGCAGAAUGGCGACAUUGCAAUGAAGAACGCCUUAAUAGAGGUCCUGAGACAAGUAGGCUCCCUUGAGGAUAAAGACUUUAUGUCAAGUUUACCGGCACUGCACGAUCCGUUGAUUACAGACAGUGCUCCGACAACAGUGGAUAGAGCAGAUAGUCAUGAUGAUGAAGAUGCAGAUUUUGUUCUUCUAAACCAACUCCAAGAGAGCUUGUGAGGAUCCCCUCUCACAUGUCUUUCAAAAUAGUUUUGCCAUGCACAAGGGAGGUAUGGCCGCAAUGAUAUCAUGGUUUUGUUAAAUUUUCUAAGUAGUAAAUAUUCGGAUUUAAAUAUGUAACAGCUACUGCUUCUUAGAGUAUGAAGAGUGAAUUUUUUAUUUC